AUGACUCCACAUCAAAACAGCACAAUUGUUUUACAAGACAAUCCUGGGGAGCUAGCCCUGUCCACAGCCCGGGAUGUGAUUAGGUACCCUAGAAGCCAAGAGAAAAGUGUGAUGAAAGAUUCCAAUCCGUCAAUAACGUUAUUUUGCUCCAUGACCGAUUCUGGGGAGGAGAUCACUUAUAGUGCAACACGCAAUGGUCUGUAUGCUGUAAUGAGAUCCAUCAGGACAACAUUGAUCUCCAUGGACGAUCAAAUGGAAGUUCCACCGCCUUCCCAAAAGCUCUCUCGAUUGAAGGCGAUGUACAGGGUUAAACGAAGCAAGUCAUUGCUUCUUGUUUCCGCGACUCUCAAAGUAUAUCAGUCAGCAUUGACAUUGAUGGUAAAUGAAGGAGAGAUGAGGGGGUGGCUUCAGGAGACAGUGGAGAAGGUUGUAAGUGACAAUUGCUCUCAAGUCAGGGAGUCCUUUAGUGAGAGAAGUUUAGAGUUGGCAAUCAGGGAGGUCCUGCUCCAGAAUCGGCCUGAUCCGAAGUGUCAAAUAUCCUUUCAGAGUCAACCGACGGUCUCCUCUGAUAGGCACAGGUAUCCAGUGCCCACAAGCACUGUCAAGAAUAGCAAGAAGAAGGGUGGUGGUGUGAAAGGGGUAGGACGAAAGAGCAAUGCUGCCAAAACUGCUGUUGCGAAUAAUGCAGCACAAAGGAGUCAACCAACUGGUGAAUGGUAG